AUGGUGUGGCGAUCGGCGCUUCCGCUGGCGGCAAUUUUGGCCCUGGCAACAUGCCAAGACUGCUCAUCCCCGCAGGGCACUCGCGCCGUUUUCGGGCAGUACCUGAACUGCAUGAAGUCGUCGCUCGACGCGGACUACCGCAGUUUUGAGGAGGAGCUUCAGGAGGACCACAAGCGCUCCGUGCAGGCCUGUUUCGCCUCGAGCAUCGAGGAGGGCAACCAGAAGGACAAGUGCGUGUUGACGCUUGGGGAUUUGGAGAAGCCAGCUUGGGAUCGUUCCGGCCCGCUACGCGACUGUACGAUUUGCAGGACGUUCGCCUCCGGUGCCAUCAAGGCGAUCAAGGCCACCCCGGCCGAGGAUCAGCGCUGCAUUCGACAGGAGAUCUCCAAGGCGAUCGCCCGCGAGGCCAACGUCUGCCUCGCCCGCCGGAUUCCGAACUUCCCGGGCGUGCCGGACAUUCCGGAUCUCGAGGAGGGCUCGUUCGACUUCAAGGAUGAGGUUAUCCAAUCCAUCUCGGACCACAUCCUCGUCAACUCUCGACUGGCCUUCUGCGGCGAGCGCAAGCCGGCCAGAGCCGCUUCUACCAAGCGUUGCUUGAAGUCGCCGUUCGCCGGAUAUUUGGAGCAGCACUGCAAGAUCGUCUCCCAAUGUGACGCUCGUCUGGCCGUCGGCAACUGCGCCCGCGAGAUCCAGCAGACUCGAAAUGCCGUCUGUGGAUGCAUCCACGAGACCAGGGAGGAGCUGAAGGACCGCAUCUCGUCCAUCGCUACCGUAUUUGAGGAGGUCGUUUCCGGCGGCUCUCGCACUCUCUCCAUCGGGUCGUCGUCAAAGGUCGAUCAAUGCGUCGCCUCGAUCAAGAAGCACAUGAUCACCCCUGUCAACGACUGGGUGGCCGUCAUCGACUCUGCCCUCUCCACCUGCAUCCGGAAGAAGCCGGCCGGCCAGAACCUCGGCAUGGAGGCUAUGCUGAACGUUGGGUGCCGAAAGGUGAUCGCUGACACCACCGGAACGGCCUCGGCUCAGUUGAAGGUCGGCUUCGACUUUGUGAACAACCUGAUUGACGCGAUGGUGGAGAGGUCCGCCCGUUUCUGCGGUGGUGACCACUGCCUGCAGGGC